GCGGGCCGCCCCCGGCGUUCGGAAGCCGGCGGCGCGGGGCGGCGGGAACUGAGACAACUGUCCAGCUCUCCCCUGAGAAUGAUACAAAGUAAAUAUAGGAGUUCCUGAGAAAUAACAGUGUGAAUGAGAGAGGCUCUCUGCAGUAUUUAGUGUCCAGUUGUGCUGGCUCCAAAGAACAGCAGCAUCGCAAUGCCCCCUCCUGCUGAUAUAGUGAAGGUGGCAAUCGAAUGGCCGGGUGCCUUCCCCAAGUUGAUGGAAAUCGAUCAAAAAAAGCCACUGUCCUCUAUAAUAAAAGAAGUCUGCGAUGGGUGGUCUCUUGCAAAUCAUGAUCAGUUUGCACUGCAGCAUGCUGAUAGUUCUAACUUCUACAUCACAGAAAAGAAUCGCAAUGAGAUAAAAAACGGAGCAAUCCUUCGAUUAACAACAUCUCCAGCUCAAAACGCACAGCAGCUCCAUGAGAGGAUCCAGUCUUCUAGUAUGGAUGCAAAGUUAGAAGCACUGAAAGACUUAGCCAACUACUCACGGGAUGUUACAUUUGCCCAAGAAUUUAUAAACCUAGAUGGCAUCUCUCUUCUAACACAAAUGGUUGAAAGUGGCACAGAACGAUAUCAGAAAUUGCAGAAGAUAAUGAAGCCCUGCUUUGGAGAUAUGUUGUCCUUUACACUGACUGCAUUUGUUGAGCUGAUGGAUCAUGGGAUUGUAUCGUGGGAUACAUUCUCUGUGGCAUUCAUUAAAAAGAUAGCAAGCUAUGUGAACAAAUUUGCCUCAGACAUCUCUAUCUUACAACGGUCACUAGCCAUCCUGGAAUCAAUGGUGCUCAAUAGCCAUGACCUGUACCAGAAGGUGGCACAGGAGAUCACAAUUGGGCAGCUAAUCCCACAUCUCCAGGGGACAGACCAAGAAAUCCAGACGUACACCAUUGCAGUAAUAAAUGCACUUUUCCUUAAAGCCCCGGAUGACAAGAGGCAGGAAAUGGCAAACAUUUUGGCACAAAAGCAGCUCCGCUCCAUUAUCCUAACUCAUGUUAUCAGGGCACAGAGGGCCAUCAAUAAUGAAAUGGCGCAUCAACUUUACGUUCUCCAAGUACUUACAUUUAACCUUCUGGAAGACAGAAUGAUGACAAAAAUGGAUCCACAGGAUCAAGCUCAACGGGAUAUCAUAUUUGAACUACGAAGAAUUGCAUUUGAUGCAGAAUUGGAACCUAACAACAGUAGUGGCAGUAUUGAGAAGCGCAAAUCUAUGUAUACUCGAGACUAUAAAAAACUUGGAUUUAUUAAUCAUGUAAACCCAGCCAUGGAUUUCACACAGACUCCUCCAGGAAUGCUAGCCCUUGACAAUAUGCUGUACUUCGCUAAACAUCACCAGGAUGCUUAUAUACGGAUUGUCCUGGAGAACAGUAGUCGAGAAGACAAGCAUGAGUGCCCGUUUGGCCGAAGUAGCAUUGAGCUCACAAAGAUGCUGUGUGAAAUACUGAAAGUAGGAGAGCUACCCAGUGAGACGUGCAAUGAUUUCCAUCCCAUGUUCUUCACACAUGACAGAUCGUUUGAGGAGUUCUUCUGCAUCUGCAUUCAGCUCUUGAACAAGACAUGGAAGGAAAUGAGGGCAACUUCCGAGGACUUCAAUAAGGUUAUGCAGGUAGUGAAAGAACAGAUAAUGAGAGCACUCACUACCAAGCCUAGCUCACUGGAUCAGUUCAAGAGUAAGCUUCAGAAUCUCAGUUACACAGAAAUACUGAAAAUACGCCAGUCUGAAAGAAUGAACCAGGAAGAUUUCCAAUCUCGUCCAAUUCUGGAACUGAAAGAGAAGAUUCAGCCUGAGAUCUUAGAACUGAUCAAGCAGCAGCGUCUCAAUCGACUUGUGGAGGGCACCUGCUUUAGGAAGCUGAACAGUCGACGUCGGCAAGACAAAUUUUGGUAUUGCCGACUUUCACCUAAUCACAAGGUCUUGCACUACGGAGACUUGGAAGAAAGUCCCCAGGGAGAAGUACCCCAUGAUUCCUUGCAGGAUAAAUGACAUUAUCAGCAGCUCUUUUAUGGAGACAGAGAGCAGAGAACAUUUCCUCAUGUCUUCAAAUACUGCUGUCCUAGUUUUGGCAAGCGUAUAUGAGGACUGAGCUCAGCUCUGCAAUGAGCUUGUAAUUUCAUUCAAUUUGGAAAUGUCGUGCAUUUCAUGGAGAGGAGCACAGUUUAUUUUCAUUCCUCGUCUAACUGCAGAUGUCACAUUAAAAUAGUUUGGCAUAUUCAGAAGCGCAUCCUGUCCAUGGAGACAGCUGUUUCUUCUGUUGCAAACAAUCUAGUGACUGGCUGAAAAAUUAGAGGUCUUUUUGGAGGAAAACGAGGUCUUUUUCAUUAUCAUAGCCAGUGGGUUUAAAGACAACACCUUGCUUUGAACAAUGCUAAAAAGACUCCACAUUACUUUGUUGGGAGCGGACGUGCCUCUGUGACAGCCUCUACCAGUAGAUUUCUUGGGAUAUUUUGUAGGGACUGAAGUCAUUUUGGAGCCCUUCAGAAAAUCACGCUCUCUCGAAAAUUUAUCCUUAGUCCUUCCCCAUAACUUGUAGAGGUUUAACCUGGAGUUCUGGGAAGGUAUUUUUGAAGUCUGAGACAAUGACUGGUAUAGUUCCUUCACCAGAAAAUGAUAACAACAAAAAAAACAUAUCGAAUAAGCAAUCAUUGCUUUUUAUUCAUGUCUGAACUGCCAUAAGUAAUAAAUGCCAUUCCUGUCAUCAUCAAAUCAGACCAGCUUGUACAAAAAUUCAGGUUGGUAGUUCCAUUUCUAUUGUGGAAGAACAAAAAGAAUAAUUUUUGUACAUGAUAGAAGUUUCUUCAGCCUGAAAAUUGAGAAAGAAGAAAAUCAGUGAUUUAAACUUUUCUUUGUAUUGGUAAAACAAAGACUUAUUUCUCUUUUCUGAUCCCCAACCUAUCUGCAGGCUGUACCUUUUAAAAAUUUUAAGUGCUCCCAAACUCAGGCUGUGAGAGAAAGAAGAACCUGUCUGAUGUUGAAGCCCUGUCAUUUCAUAGUCACAUUCACUUCUUUUCAAUACCUUCAGAAUGCCUCAGGCUCUCACUGCAGUCUUGGCAGAAUGUAGGACAGGGUCUCAUAUUGCUACAUUGGCACUGCAAGAUGCUAUUUUACUGGGCAAGGCUUGGAGAAAUAGCUCUUGAAAGUUACAGUAGUGUCAGAAUGACAGAAAAAGAGUGAAGGUCACACUUGAAUUGCAGGCGCAGUUAUUGGACCAGCAGUUCUCAGAUUUGUUUGCUUUGAGCAUAUUUCCACAGUGAAAACCCCAACCCUGACUACAGGCUUCACUUUACAUUUGUGUUUCCUGCAGGCUCUUGAGCCUCUAUGGGAAUGCCAUUAUCAUGUUGGGACAGCAGAUUUACAGACUGUGAAGAAUGUAAGAUUUAUCAUUGUGCCUCCCUGCUAGAGUUUGAUAAAAGAGAGUUGGGAAUAUUACAAGAUGUAAGAUUAUAAAGCAUCGUUAUCAUUCCAAGCAUGUCGAGCCAAACUGGAUUGAGAAUUUGGCAGAACACCUUCCAAAAAUACCCAGGUGUCCUUUGGAUACACUUGUAUUGAAUUUUGGAUUGUUAAGGUCUGAAUAUGAUGUUUAAGAUUGUCCUUCACGUACAGAAUGCAAUGGCUUGCAUCUCUGAGGAAGGAUAUGCCUGUAGACCUUCUCAUUCUUCUCACUUUUCCUGAUCAUUUUUGGUUGUUAGGAUUUGUGAACAGAUCAACAGAUGAAAGAAAAUAGGUGGAUGAGAAGCUGGAGGGCUGAGACAAAUAACUGUUUUGUGUACUCCUUGCCAAGCUUGAAUAUCUUGUGUCUAUUUCCAAAAAUAAAUGUUUUUUACUUAGAAUUUUUCACUUCUGUGGGUGUCAUCUCUCUCUUCAGGCUGGCAGGGUUAAACAAACUGCAGAUUCCAGCUGGGACAGAAAGCAGCUGUCCUCUUUUUCAGGGCUUUAUUUGUUGUGAGCGUGGCACAUCUGUGCUCACACCCUUCAGCAUUUUGUAGUCAGCUUCUGAUACCACUUCAAGCCUUCCAGGUUUUAAUGCUAUCAUGCUGUCCUAUAUAUAUGAUGCUUUUCAGAGUCGCAGUGGUAAUGGAUAAUUUAUAGAUUGUAGAAACUUUCUGUCGCUCACUGUCCAUACUGUAUUGUGGAGUGUAUAGAUUCUCCAUAAUGUAAUCAUGAUUGGAAAAUUGAAUUCCACUUGAAGCUCAGGGAAAUGUAUGUUUUAGUGACCUCACUAGAUUUACUCUGUGAAUGUGUGUGGGUGACAGCAGCUUCCAAAACUUUUUCCUACCUUUUUUUUUUUUUAAAUGGUUUCUGAUCAUUUUUCUUUUUAAAGCAAUUGGAAUGGGUUAUUUUAAGCCUCGGGAGGUCCUCAUUCCUGUGAAUACUUGAAGCAACUAAAAUGCUGAUGGCAGUUAGGUAAAGAAAUACUUAUUUGUAAAAUGCAUGUAGGCAUUAACAGAAGGGCAGCAGCAUCGACAGAGAUCAGGGGUCCAAUUCACUCAGCAUCCUCUGUUUAGCAUGGACUUCACCCAGAGGCCCUGGAAGGAGUAACAGGACAGGCAGGCAUAUUACAUUAAUAAGAGAGAAAUCAGUAUAUGUUGUUAAGACAUACAAAUACACACAAAGCCUGUCCAGAUGCAGAUGCACAUGUAUAUGAAAUGCUCUUUCCCAGGGUAGCCUCAACAGGCAAGGAAAGACUCAGCUUUUUAUCCACAGUCUGAAAUCUUGUCAAGAAUUGUUAUUGCUUCUUCUAGUUGUUUUGUUACAGUUUUCUUUCUUACAACAGGCUGGAAAUGGCAAGGGGUAACAAUUUUAACACAUUAGUCUUGGCUUUUUUUAGACUCUGUAGCUUCUACACAUCUUGGUUUUAACUCAUUUUCUGGUUUUGUUUGUUUUUGUUGUUGCUUCUCGGAUUUUUGCUUUA